UUGACCCCCAAUGAACCAACCAGCCUGGGUUCGCUCUUUUCAACUUCCAUCCACCGGCCGAUUUGAAAGACGGACAUUAUCCUAUACCGCCGUCCUCAUCCACCAUUCAUACGCGCACACCGAACAGCAAGCCACCAGCCCUUAAGGCGAUCCAGCGAGGUCAGCAGGAACGCGUACGCAGCCCGUGGUCAUCUGGGUCCUCGACGGGGCAUAUCAUGUCUGCACUCUUGCACAACGUUCUCACCUCACGACUCGCAGCUGCGUCGCUCGAUCAGCAGGAAGCCAGCGAAAGUGGCGGCAAAGAGGGCCAGGAGAGGGCUGAUGCUGAGGUGCAGCAGCAUUUACAACAACGGCUUCGCGUCGACUCUCUAGCAAGCCCGAGCGAUGAUGAAGAUGAGCUGGUCGGCGUGUCCACAGCGCCAGGGACAUCAACACCGACGCCGUUCAACCUCUCACGGCCCUCAUCUCCACCGCCAGCCGAUCAAGCGGCCACCACUGCGCCCUCGCCGCCACUGCCCUCGUCCUUAUCACCCCAAUUAGGAAGUUCUGGGACCGGCAGCGCGAGCGCAGCAAGCAGCUCCGCCUCUUCCCCAUUGCUGCUGCCGACUACAUCGCCACGGAAACGUUCCGGUCUCUCCAGUGCCGCCGGCGUCAGCGUCGGCACUAGCAAAAGCAACAGCAUCCCGGGCAGCACCAGAGGGCAAAAGUCCAAAUUGGACCCAUUACGCGCCUUCCCAUCUGAGCUGUCUCAGCGCAUUUUUCUCUCCCUUCCCACGUCGGCCUUGCUGUCCUGCUCGCUCGUGUGCAAACGCUGGCGACGAAGCGCGACACUCAAUUACUGCUGGUACAAGCAGUACCAAUCGACAUUUGGAGGCUUGAGCGAUUCGAAUGCGUUCGAUCCCUCAGUUAGCGGCCCAUCCAUCACGUCCGUUACUUCACUUGCAGGGCCUGUUGGCACCUGCGAGCGCAUGGCAGAGAACGGGAUCGUGCUACCUCCGUUAGGCUCCGGCGAAGCGAAGUGGACGCGCCGCGAGAGCCGGACCGACUGGAAGAACAUGUACGGGAAAGCGCGUCGACAAGAGGCAAAAGACGCCGCGCGCGCCGCGCUAGCGAACAGCAACGGCGGAGGCAGCCUGCCCUUCUUGGGCGGCACCAGCGCUUCGCGAUCCGGCUCGGGCACAUCCACGCCAAGCCGCUCACAGCGCCUCGCCGACGCGGGCAUCCGCACCGCGCGCGACGUGCGCGAGCAGCAGUGGGCCGAGCUGAAAGCCGCCGAAGCGGCUCCGCGCAUUUCCAAGAGCGAGAUGCGCGAACAUUACAAAGGCCUCGGCUCCAAAGGCGGAAAAGUCAAGGGCAAGACGGGCAAGGGCGGCGUCAAGACUGGUACAGCUGGCGAUGGCGGGCUGUGGGAUUGAUGGGCGAGACGACCUUGCUAUGAUGCAUCCGCAAAGGGAGCAUGCCCCGCCGCUCUAAUGUGCCGUUCUUUUGCAUCAAUCCAUGCCGUCUGAUGCUGCAUUCCCUUACCAGAACUCUUUAUCGGAUUGUGUUUACAACCAUUUAGCUCGUGUUG